CGGGUAUAAAAGACGGAGCUGGGGGGCGGCGGCAGGUCUCUGCUCUGCGCUGCGCAGCCCAGCCCGCCGGUCCACGCCGUGCACCGCUCCGAGGGCCAGCGCCACCCGCUCCGCAGCCGGCACCAUGCGCGAGAUCGUGCACAUCCAGGCGGGCCAGUGCGGCAACCAGAUCGGCGCCAAGUUUUGGGAGGUCAUCAGCGAUGAGCAUGGGAUCGACCCCACAGGCAGUUACCAUGGAGACAGUGACUUGCAGCUGGAGAGAAUCAACGUGUACUACAAUGAGGCUGCUGGUAACAAAUAUGUACCUCGGGCCAUCCUGGUGGAUCUGGAGCCUGGCACCAUGGACUCCGUCAGGUCUGGACCCUUCGGCCAGAUCUUCAGGCCAGACAACUUCGUGUUUGGCCAGAGUGGAGCCGGGAAUAACUGGGCCAAGGGCCACUACACAGAGGGAGCCGAGCUGGUCGACUCGGUCCUGGAUGUGGUGAGGAAGGAGUCAGAGAGCUGUGACUGUCUCCAGGGCUUCCAGCUGACCCACUCUCUGGGGGGCGGCACGGGGUCCGGGAUGGGCACCCUGCUCAUCAGCAAGAUCCGGGAAGAGUACCCAGACCGCAUCAUGAACACCUUCAGCGUCAUGCCCUCACCCAAGGUGUCAGACACAGUGGUGGAGCCCUACAACGCCACCCUCUCUGUCCACCAGCUGGUGGAAAACACCGAUGAAACGUACUCCAUUGACAACGAGGCCCUGUAUGACAUCUGCUUCCGCACCCUGAAGCUGACCACCCCCACCUACGGGGACCUCAACCACCUGGUGUCGGCCACCAUGAGCGGGGUCACCACCUGCCUGCGCUUCCCGGGCCAGCUGAACGCAGACCUGCGCAAGCUGGCGGUGAACAUGGUGCCCUUCCCCCGCCUGCACUUCUUCAUGCCCGGCUUCGCGCCCCUGACCAGCCGGGGCAGCCAGCAGUACCGGGCGCUCACGGUGCCCGAGCUCACCCAGCAGAUGUUCGACUCCAAGAACAUGAUGGCCGCCUGCGACCCGCGCCACGGCCGCUACCUGACGGUGGCCGCCAUCUUCCGGGGCCGCAUGUCCAUGAAGGAGGUGGACGAGCAGAUGCUCAACGUGCAGAACAAGAACAGCAGCUACUUCGUGGAGUGGAUCCCCAACAACGUGAAGACGGCCGUGUGCGACAUCCCGCCCCGCGGCCUGAAGAUGUCGGCCACCUUCAUCGGCAACAGCACGGCCAUCCAGGAGCUGUUCAAGCGCAUCUCGGAGCAGUUCACGGCCAUGUUCCGGCGCAAGGCCUUCCUGCACUGGUACACGGGCGAGGGCAUGGACGAGAUGGAGUUCACCGAGGCCGAGAGCAACAUGAACGACCUGGUGUCUGAGUACCAGCAGUACCAGGACGCCACGGCCGACGAACAGGGGGAGUUCGAGGAGGAGGAGGGUGAGGACGAGGCUUAAAAACUUCUCAGAUCAAUCGUGCAUCCUUAGUGAACUUCUGUUGUCCUCAAGCAUGGUCUUUCUACUUGUAAACUAUGGUGCUCAGUUUUGCCUCUGUUAGAAAUUCACACUGUUGAUGUAAUGAUGUGGAACUCCUCUAAAAAUUACAGUAUUGUCUGUGAAGGUAUCUAUACUAAUAAAAAAGCAUGUGUAGAAAA